ACCUUCACCUGUCCUGUCGAAAGUUGUCCGCUGCACACGACGCUCCUCCCCGCAGGUUUUUUUUAGCCUCCAAUAAAACCGAACUCUAGCUAUCCACUUAAGAGGAAUUCUACUCGUCCUGUGGCUACAAACAUUGGAGAAAUGUUGAUGGUCCAAACAACCACAGGCGACAUGACGGCGGUGGCCGGGCCCUGGGAGGAGUUGAUGGAGGGGGAAGACGACAGCUACCUGUCCGGCUCCACCAUGACCCUUGACCUCCUGGACGAUGAACCCCCUGCCUUACGUCACCUCGAGCCACGCCACCUGACCCACUCCCAGCCAAUCACCAUCAGCCCUGCCAGGGUCAAAGCUGAUGAGGGCCGGUGGUCCUCCUCCUUGCCCACCAUACCCAAUCCCUUCCCAGAGCUGUGUAGCCCCCCCCAAUCCCCUGUGGUGAUUGGCUCAGUCCCACCAUCGGCAAGCGACAAACAUCUGAUCAGGGUGUUUGGGGAGGACAGCUACAGCCGGUCUCUGUGGGUGUCUCGUGGGGCUACAGCCAAGGAGGUGUGCCAUCUGCUGGUACAGACAGCUCACUGCAGCGACCAGGAGAGCUGGGCCCUCAUCGAGUUCCACCCCUCACGUGGCCUUGAGCGAUGUCUGGAGGACCAUGAGAUGGUUCUGCAAGUCCAGACCUCCUGGUCCAUCAAGGCUGACGCCAAGCUGCUGUUUCGGAAGAACUACGCCAAGUACGAGUUCUUCAGAACCCCCGCUCUCUUCUUCCCAGAGGCCAUGAUCUCUGACAGCGCAGACGCCUCCCACGGCAUCAAGUCCUCCGAACUCAUCGAGACCCUGCUGCGGUCGGGUUCGUGUCCGGAGAUCCAGGGCUUCCUGCAGGUGAAGGAGCCCAGCCGCCGCGCCUGGAAGAGGGUCUACUUCCUGCUGCGUCGCUCCGGCCUCUACUCCUCCACCAAGGGAUCCUCCAAGGAGCCUCGCCACCUCCAGUGUGUAGCAGACCUGGGCCAGCUCAGUGUCUUCCAGGUGGUGAACGGUCGUCGGCUGUACGGAGCGCCCAGCAACUACACCUUUUGUAUCAAGCCUGCCAGAGAGCCUGUGCACACUCGUGGUCUGAAGCUGCUCUGUGCCGAGACUGAAGAGGCUCGCACCUGCUGGACCUCCGCCUUCAGGCUCUUCAAGUAUGGGAAACAGCUUCAUUCUAACUUCCAGUUCUCAAAGUCAGCUGCUCAGUGGUCCAACGACCGGACAGAAACCAGACUGAGGGGCUCCGACGCCAGCCUGGUUGCCAUGGAUUUCUCGGGCAGCGCGGGGCGAGUGAUCAGCGCCAGCGAAGCCAAGAGUGUUGAGCGAGAGGAGGGGCAGAGCUGGAGGAGAAGAGAAGCCCUCCUGGGCAACCUGGCCGGCCGGGCCCCAGGCCUCAGACCAGACUCUGGGGCUCCAGGGGCCGGCGGAGCCAGAGGGGCUGGAGGAACCAAAGGGACCUCAGCCAGCCAAGGGGCCCGGCCCUCUUCCAUCCACAGGGGUCACCCAUGGUUCCAUGGGGGUGUCUCCAGAAGGGAGGCCGAAAGGCUGGUGGAGGAGCAGGGUCUGGUGGAUGGUAUGUUCCUGAUCCGGGAUAGUCAGCAGCAAGCCCUUUGCUUUGUUCUCUCUCUGUGUCACAAACUCAAGACGAAACACUACUUGGUCAUACCGUGUGAGGAAGGAGGCCGCCAGUACUACUCCAUGGACGACGGGGUGACGGUGUUUGCUGACCUGCUGCAGCUGGUGGAGUUCCACCAGAUCAACCGCGGAAUCCUCCCCGUCUGCCUCAAACACCCCUGUGUGGGUGUAGCACUUUGACCUCUACCCCGCCCUCUAGCUUAACCUCCACCCUCCAGCACCACCUCCAGCCUGUAACACCACCUCCACCAUCGGUUCCAAACUCAAGCUCCAUCUCUGCCUUCACCACCACACCUCCACCCUCCAGCUCCACCUCCAGCAUUGGUUCCAAACUCAAUCUCCACCUAUACUACCACCAUCACACCUCCACCCUCUAACCUUUAACUCCAUUUCAACCUCCAACCUUUAGCUCCAUCUCCAACCCAACCCCCACCCUCUAGAUCCAGCUCCACACUCACUCCACUGCCACCCCAAUAUUUACCAGAAUCACUGUCACUAUCUCCAGGGAUAUGUAUAAAUGUGUGUAUAUAUGAUCCUCUUCGACCAGAAACCUGGAACAGGAAGUAACCCAAACACUUUUUUACACG